AUGUUAAUGGUAUUGGUAAUUGUAAUGCUUUUAGUAAUUGUAAUGGUAUUGGUAAUUGUAAUGGUAUUGAGUAAUCGUUAUCGUAAGAGUAAUGGUAAAAGUAUUGGUAAGAGUAAUGGAAGUGGUAAUGAUACUGAUAGUGAAAACAGUAAUGGUAAUGGUAAGGGUAUGGAAAUAGUAAUGCGACACGUUGCGGUAAUGAUAGUAAGUACAGUAAUGUUAAUGGUAUUGGUAAUUGUAAUGCUUUUAGUAAUUGUAAUGGUAUUGAGUAAUCGUUAUCGUAAGAGUAAUGGUAAAAGUAUUGGUAAGAGUAAUGGAAGUGGUAAUGAUACUGUUAAGAAGUUGACGUUGCAGUUUCGCGAGGCAAAUAACGAAAAUCAGCCAACAGGUAAUUAUAACGUAAAUGGCACUGCUAAUGCCUUUGAUAAUGAUAAUAGUAAUGAUAAUGGGGAUGAUAGUCUUAAUGAUAUUAGUAAUGGUAGUGGUAAUGGAAAUAAUAAUGGUAAUGCCAAUGGUCAUUGGAAUGAUAAAGGAGAUGUUUAUGAUAGCGGUAUUAGUAAUGGUUAUGGUAAUUGUAAUGCUAUUAGUAAUUGUAAUGGUAUUGGUAAUAGUAAUGAAAAGCGUGAUGUUAAUGAAAAUGGUAUUAGUAAUGGUUUUGGUAAUGAUUAUGGCAAUGAUAAUACUGGUGAUAAUGGCAACACUGGUAAUAAUGGCAAUGCUGAUAAUAAUGGUAAUAGCAAUUCUUCCUUAAGUAAUGGUAAUGGUAAUGGUAAUAGUAAUAGUAAUGGUAAUGGCAAUGGUAAUUCUAAUAGUAAGGGUAAACUGAAAUAUAGUUGUACUAGUAAUGUUAAUGUUAAUAGUGAUUGUAAUGGUUAUUAUAAUAAUAAUGGUAACGCCAUACUUAGUACAGGUAAUUUUAAUGGUAAUGGUAAUGAUAAAUUGACAUAUAUACAAAGUAAUGGUAAUAGUAGUAAUCAUGGUAAUGUUGAUGAUAAUGUGAAUGCUAACGCUAUACUCAGUAAUGGUAAUGGUAAUAGUAAGGGUAAUGACAAUGGUGAUACUAAUAGUAAGGGUAAACUGAAAUGUAGUUGUACUAGUAAUGCUAAUGUUAAUAGUGAUUGUAAUGGUGAUGAUAAUGAUAAUAAAACUUACAUGGUACAACUACAAGCACUUACUCGCCAAAAUAACAUAUUUAGCCGCAAGUAUGUCAUGAAAAAUGGCCAAAAAUGUGCAACAAGCAACUGCCUCGAGCGAUACAAAAGCCCCAAUAUGCUUGAGGACGAUGAAGAAAAAUUGAAUGUAAACACGCGUUGCAUUUCAAUCGCGUUUGCCACUUACCGCCAACAACUUGCCACAUGCAUACCUGCCGAAUGCUACAGGCGCGGACGCAGGCGCAGGCGCAGACGCAGCGACAACGCAAUCGCGCAACUUUAA